AAGCUUACCGUUGGCCCGCAACCUGAGCCUUUUGACCGGCUCAGCAGCCGCCUGCUUACCACGCCAAGGGUCACCACCUAGAUCACAUUCACCACCUCACACUGAAGCUAGGGUUCAGUUAAAUUUACGGAUUAAAGAAGAAAUUAAAGAGGAGGACCAAGGGGAUUUGGAUGUGGAGACUGUAUCCAGCCACGGAGAGGAUGAUUCUAAUGGAAGCAGUGAGAGAAUGGAUCCAGAGUCUCGACUAUCCACCUUUGCUGGCAUAUAUUCAGCUGGAUUUCAGGCUGCUGCUUUGUUUUCUGCGGCUGAUUCCACAAUUUCAGAUUUCAGAGAAAGAGGACCAACUAGGCUAGAUGAGUCUUCUUUGGGCCGAGACAGGUCCUUCAGUGAAAGUAGGCGGAUUGGUAAUAUAUCAAAAAGGGAUGUUCAGAUGGCUAUGGACCUGGGAAUUCCUCCUGAAGAUAUAGAAAAAGUUGUCAGAAUGCUAAUGGAUGAAUUUACUGAUUACUGCGCGAGGAAGGGGUUAUCCGAGGAAGGAACAAACAAGCUAAAGGAUGUGCGACGAAGAGGAAAAAACAAAGUUGCUGCUCAAAACUGCAGGAAGCGAAAAAUAGACCAAGUUGAAGAUCUUAGAGAGCAAAUUGCUAAAAAGAAGAAACCUUUGGAGGAAGCUAUAAAGAAAAGAGAUAAACAUAUGGAGAAUAAAAAGCAGAUGACAAAGGAACUCGAUCUUAUUUUGCAAGUGAACAAGCUCUACUGUAAACAGUGCAAGGAGAAUAUAAAUAUUGAUAACUACGCAACCCUAGGUUGCAUUCAGGACCAUGUAGAUCAGAUUAAGAAAAUAGAGAUAGAUUAAUAUAUGAUUUAUCGACAUACACAAACAUUUCAAAUCUAUUAUAUUACAUUUUAUGUAAUGAAAAAAUUUUCGGGGAAAAUUGUUACCAUUAUUGAUAUAUUACAAUAACUCAAUAAAAAAUAAAUUAUGUUUAAA